ACUUCCAAAACAAAGUUUGCCUUCUUCUAAAGAUGCAAUUGACAAACAGCUGAGACUUUUAAAGGAAAUUCAAGAAGAAAUGCUCGAAAAACAAUCUGAAAUAGACAAUCUGAAAACUAAAGUUAAGGAACUAGUUAACAAGAAAAAUGUUACCAAGGGCUCAUCAGAACUUCAAACCGAAUGUGAAAAAUUAGAAAAAAGAUGGAUUGAUCUUUUAGUUGGUGUUAAAAACCACCUCGGCUUCUUGCAUAAUUUAAAAGAAUUUCAAGAAUCUCAACUCCUUUUACAAAACUGGUUGGUACAGAAAAAAAAGAUGUUCUCUGUUCUUGGACCAAUUGCAUCUGAUCCACGUUUAGUUUCCUCACAAGUUCAACAAGUUCAGGUUAUGAGAGAUGAAUUCACAUCUCAAAAAGAUUUCAUGGAACGCCUAAAUGAAUUAGCAAAGGUUGUUUGCCAAUAUUUGCAAACAUCAGGAUCAAGCUCCCUAAAAAUUACAGAGCAAAUGGAUGUCAUCCAUCAUCACUGGGAGGAUCUGUCUAGUAAAUUGAUUGAAAGAGAAAAAAAUUUAGAAGCUGCAAGUGGCAUGGCUAAAGAUUUUCACAAAACUUUGACUGAUUUACAAGUAAAAUUGCAGCAAAUAAGUGAUACAUUUGACAGUUUUAAUGAUAAAGGUUUUAGUCAUGAAGUACUAUUAAAGAAAUUAAUGGCUUUAGAAGAAGAUUUAGAAAAACAAAGAACUCAUCUUACAGAUGCUGAUAGUGUUUGUGAACAGCUUUGCGAUGUAUUAAGUGAUUCUGCUUCAAAAACUGAUAUUAAGUACAAAGUUAGCAUUCUGGAGAAGAUGUAUAGCACGUUAAGGAAAAAAAUUGACAUUAAAAGAGCAGAAACUGAGUCAUCUCUCAAGGAAGAUAAAUUGUUUUAUAAAUCUUGUGAAGAAAUACAGAGCUGGCUGAAAGAAAUGGAAUCAUCAUGUGCUCAGCAUAAACCUCUGUCUACAGAUAUUCAAAAGCUGUUUAAGAUGUCUGAAGAAUAUGAGCAAUUAUACAAGCAAAUUAUGGGUCGAGAACAUGAAGUUCAUUUGUGCUUGAGCAAAGGAACUGAGAUUUUACCAAAACUUACUGGUAAACCAGAAACAACUUCACUGAAGACUAGGUUAGAAAACAUUAAGAAGCAAUGGGAAAAACUAAAAAAGACUGCUAUUGAUAGGCAUACUUGUCUUCAGAGUUGUAUUGAAAAUAGUAAAAAGUACCAUGCUGCAACAGAAAAGUUUACACCAUGGUUAAACAGUGAGGAAGAAAAGUUUAAAUCUCGGAAGCCUGCAGCUUUGAAACGGGAAAAAUUGAAUAAAGAGUUGAAAGAGACUCAGACUUUGAAAAGUGAUUUAUCCCUUCAUGUUCAAGAAUUUGAAAAUAUAUGCAAUCUUGGAGAAGGUCUUUUGUCAAGCUGUGAAGCAGAUACAGAAUCUGUUAAGAAAGAGUUGGAUGUCUUGAAAAAGAAGUGGAGAAUACUUAAUAAUGAUAUCACUGUGCGUAUGCAGUCAUUAGAGGAGAUGUCUCAAAUAUUAUUAGAACAUGAAGAGAAAAUUCGGGAUUUGCAACAUUCUGUUCAGCGUCUAGAAGAUAGACUGCGUUCUCAUGAUGCUUUAGGUGAUAUGUCUUGUGAUCCAGUACUUCUAAACAGGUUACAGGCUUUACUGCAAGAAGCUGUGGACAUGAAACCUGAGUUUAAGAAAGUGAAGGAUUUUGUGAAAAUGAUAAUCGAGAAAGCUGAUAAGAGCUGUGACUCUUCUGAAAUUUUUCAAUGUAUUGAAUCACUCGAAAGUAAACACGAGGCUUUAAGAAAAGAAUUAGAAAGUAGAUGCACAACUUUGAAUGCUUCAUAUAAAAUCAUUUCAAUUUUCAUGGAACAUAUAAAAGAUAUCAGAUCAGACCUUAACAGCCUCGAUGAGGAAUUUGAUAACAUGCAACCAAUUGCUCAUGAUUUAAAAUUUCUUAAGAUCCAGUUGAAAGAUAUUGAGGAAUUUCAUUCAAAUUUGCUGAAGACCAAACAUAAAUUUUCAACAGCAGAAAAGGAAUGCAAAACUAUUGAGAAGCAAGAGCAUAUUUUGGAUUCCAAAAGUUAUGUGGAACAGAUGAAGAAUUUAAAUAGACAGAUUAUUCGUUUAGAAGAGCAUGUUAAGACAAGGGAAACAGCUAUUAAAACCACGAUUACCAGAAUUGAAAGCUUUUAUGCCAUUUAUUCAACAGUAAUGAGUGACUUAAAUGCAGUGUUGAAAGAAGCAGCAGCAUUUGAAACUAUUGGCGGUGAUGUAGAUAUUAUUCGAUCUCAGCAGCAAGCAUUCAAAAAACUGUGUAAUUCAAGAGUAAUUCCCCUGAGCAAAAAAAUAGUAGAAGUUAACAAACUGGGUCAAGGUCUGGUCCAAACUGCAACAUCUGGAGUUGAUACAAGUGAAAUGGAACAGCAAAUAGAAAAACUUAAUACAUCUUGGAAUUCAUUGCAAGAAUCUAUUAAUGAAAAGGAAAAGAAACUUGAUGUUGCUUUACUUCAAUCUGGCAAAUUCCAGGAAGCAUUGAGUGGUGUACAGAAGUGGUUGAAUGAUACUGAAGAAAUGGUUUCCAAUCAAAAACCACCCUCUUCUGAUUUUAAAGUUGUCAAAGCUCAAGUUCAGGAGCAGAAGUUCUUGAAGAAAAUGUUGCUCGAUAGACAAAAUAGUGUCAUUGGUCUGAAGACUAUGGGUACAGAACUAAUGAGUACUACAAAAGCAACUGAAUUAGAGCAGGCUGAAAAUUUAAUGAAAACUAUAACUGUUCGUUUUGAAGAACUCAUUUCUACAGCUGAAGAGCGAAUGACAGUGCUGGAAAAGACUCUACCUUUUGCCCAACAGUUCCAGGAUAUUUUUAUCCCCCUUAUGGACUGGAUGGACACGGCUGAGAAAAGGAUAAUUGCCUUAUCAUUUGUUCCUGUAAAUGAUGAGCAAAUAAAAGCAAUGGUUAAAGAACAUGAGAAAUUGACUUCUGAUAUUGAAAGUCAUCGAAAAUACUUAAUAGAACUGAACACAGUGUCUGAAAAACUGAAGCAAGUUAUAAGUACAACUGAAUCUGAAACCUUAAUACAGAAAGUGAUGUCAAUCAAUGAGAAAUUUACUGAAAUUAGCCACUCAUGUGAGAACAUUGGUGUAACUCUUAAAGAAGCUCAGAAAGGAAUCACUAGUUUUACCACAACUUAUACAAAAGUAAUAUCAUGGAUUGAGAAAACUACUGUUCAGCUAACCCAUUUUCAAGUUUUGAGUGUUUAUUCUGAUAAACUGCAAAUUCAGUUCAAGGAUUUGAAGAAAUUGAAAGAAACAUUAGAUUCAGAGCAAAAAGAAAUUGCAAGAGUUAUUUCAUCUGGUGAAGAAAUAAUGAAACUUGUGUCAGGUGAAGAUGCCAUUCAGAUGAAAGAGAAGUUAGAUUCAUUGAACAUGAAACUUUCUGAUGUUUCAAAUAAACUUAAAGAAAGACUUAAAAGUGCUGAGGAAUCCUUGCCAUUAGUGGAAUCUUUUUAUUCUGCCAGUGACAAACUAACAUCAUGGCUUGAUACUCUGGAAAGGUCUCUCAAAUUAGUAGAUAACAGUGCACUAGAUGUGCAAGCUGAAACUAUCAAGCAAUUAGAAGAGAGCAUUUCCGAAUAUCGAAGUGUCUUGGAAAUCAUUAACCAUACUGGACCUCGUUUAUGCCAGCUCUCUCCAGGAGAAGGUGCCAUUGUUAUUGAAAAUCUGAUGUCCCGUGCUAAUCAUAGGUUUGAAAAAGUUUCUGAGCAAGUGCAGAGGAAAGCUGAAAGAAUACAGCUAGCUCUGCAGCGAAAAUAUGAUGUUGUCAGUGAUAUUGAUGAACUUUUUGAAUGGUUUCAAGAAACAGAGAAACAAAUUGCAGAAGCUGAAGGACUUACAUCUGAGCCAAAUAGUUUAAUUACUCUCUUGAAAGAAGAGAAGGCCUUGAAUGAUGAAAUAAAUGUUCAGAAAAAUAGAGUUCGUGAUUCUAUAGCAGCUGCUAAGAAACUAAUGCGAGAAUCUUCAUCUGAAGAUUUAUCUUUCAUCCAUGAAAAGAUUGAAACUCUAAAAAAUCAAUCAAAUAAUGUUUCUUUGUUGUGCCAAGAAAGACUGAGUGCUUUAGAACAAGCUGUUCCCCUAGCACAACACUUUUUUGAAACUCAUACUGACCUUGGACAGUGGCUAGAUGAAGCAGAGAGUGAAGCUGAAUUGUUAGAAGCUCCAGCUCUGAAUUCGCAUCAAAUAAAGAAACAGCAAGAUCGAAAUAAGGGGUUGAUUCAAGAAGUACAAGAGCAUAAACCUCUUGUUGAUAAGUUAAAUAAAACGGGAUCUGCGCUGACUAAGCUUUGUAGAGAUGAGGAAUCGGAUAAGCUGGAAGGCAUUCUGGAAUCUGAUAACAGUCGCUAUAAUGCUUUACGAAAGAUUUUACGGGAACACCAAAAUGCUCUUGAAGAAGCUCUUCAAGCAACUUCCCAAUUUUCUGACAAAUUAGAGGGAAUGUUAAGUGCACUGACAUCUACAGCUGACCAACUGCAUAAUGCUGAACCCAUAUCAGCACAUCCUGAGCGGAUACAGGAGCAAAUCAAUGAUAACAAAGCUGUUCUUCAAGAUCUUGAUAAACGAACCAUAACUCUUGAAGCUGUGAAAAAGGCUGCUGAUGAUGUAAUUGUGAAAGCUAGUGCCAUUGAUGAACCGGCAGUUCGAGAUAUUAAAAUAAAACUUGAUCGUCUGAAUGAUUUAUGGGCAACAAUUCAGACAGCAGCACGGAACAGAGGAAAGUCUCUGGAAGAAGCGUUAAUUGCUGCUGAAAAAUUCUGGGAUGAAUUGACUGCCGUUAUGAAUGCACUUAAAGAAUUGCAAGGCAAUUUGAGUGGACAAGAACCACCAGCUGUUGAACCAGCUGCUGUUCAGCAACAACAAGAAGUGCUACAAGAAAUCAAGCAAGAAAUUACUCAGACAAAACCAGAAGUUGACCAUUGCCGACAAGCUGGACAGAAUUUAAUGCAGUUGUGUGGUGAACCAGAUAAACCAGAAGUAAAGAAGCAUAUUGAAGAUUUAGAUUCAGUAUGGGAAAAUGUAACUACUCUUUAUGCUAAAAGAGAACAAAAUCUGAUUGAUGCAAUGGAGAAAGCCAUGGUUUUCCAUGAUACACUUCAGAAUUUAUUGGAAUUUUUGGAUACCGUUGAAGAUAAAUUUUCUAAACUUGGAGCCGUUGCUUCUGAUAUCGACUCAGUGAAAGGUCAAAUUAACCAGUUGAAGGAUUUUAAAUUAGAGGUUGAUCCACAUAUGGUUCAGGUUGAAUCUCUAAAUCGUCAGGCUCAAGAGCUGAUGGAACGAACUUCACCUGAUCAGGCUGUAGCCAUUCGGGAACCUUUAGCUGACAUUAAUAAGCGCUGGGACGAUUUACUGAAAAGUAUUGUUGAAAGACAGCAAGAAAUGGAGAAUACACUCUUAAAACUUGGGCAGUUCCAGCAUGCUCUAGAAGAACUGAUGAUCUGGAUUUCAAAAACUGAAAAAACUCUUGAUGAGUUGAAGCCUGUCUUUGGUGAUCCACAAGUCAUUGAAGUAGUUUUAGCUAAACAUAAGGUAAUAACAAAUGAUAUUCAGGCUCAUCAGACAAGCAUAGAUACAAUUAACAGAGCUGGCCAUGAGUUUGUUGAUUCUGAUCGUGGAAGUGAAGAUGCUAAGUUCACACACAAUAAAUUGCAAAAUUUGAAUGUGCGUUGGCAGCAUUUACAAAGCAAAUCUGCUGAUCUUUAUAAAGAACUAGAGGAUGCACUUAAAGAGGCUCAACAAUUUCAUCAAGAUAUUCAAGACCUUAUUAUGUGGUUGAAUGAUAUUGAUGGGCAUUUGGCUACCUCAAAACCUGUUGGUGGUUUACCAGAGACAGCCAAAGAUCAACUAAAUCGAUUUAUGGAUUUGUACAAUGAGCUGGAUACAAAUCGCUAUAAAAUAGAAAAUAUCUUACAACAAGGUCAAAACUAUAUGAAAAGAUCAGGAGAGAGUAGCACAAAAACUUUGCAACAUAAUUUGCGUACCUUAAAGCAGAAAUGGGACAGUGUAUUAAAUAAAGCUAAUGACAGAAAAAUAAAAUUAGAGAUAGCCCUUCGGGAUGCUACUGAAUUCCAUGAAGCUUUACAAAAAUUUGUGGAAUGGUUAACGAAUGCAGAGAAAUAUAUAACUUCUUUAAAACCUGUUAGCAGGCACAUGAAAGCAGUAUUAGAGCAAAUUGAAGAACACAGAAACUUCCAAAAGGAUGUUGGAGCACAUAGAGAGGUGAUGCUUAAUUUAGACAAGAAAGGAACCCAUCUUAAAUACUUCAGUCAAAAGCAGGAUGUGAUACUUAUAAAAAACCUCCUUAUCAGUGUGCAGCAUAGGUGGGAGAGAGUUGUUUCUAGAGCUGCUGAAAGAACAAGGGCCCUAGAUCAUGGAUACAAGGAAUCCAAAGAAUUUCAUGAUGCUUGGACUUCUUUGUCUGCCUGGUUAGAUGAAGCAGAAAAACUGUUAGAUACAAACACUGUGAUUGGAAAUGAUCCCUUAAAGAUUAAAAAACUUUUGACUAAGCAUAAAGAAUUUCAAAGAACGCUUGGCUCAAAACAAGUAACAUAUGAUGCUACUAUGAAAAGUGGACGUAUUCUUAAGGACAAAUGCCCAAAGCAAGAUGUGCCACUGCUUCAAGAUAUGAUGGAUGAAUUAAAAGUUCGAUGGAACAAAGUUUGCGCUAAAUCAGUGAAUAGGCAACGCAGACUCGAGGAAGCUUUAUUAUAUUCUGGUCAAUUUAAGGAAGCAGUUAUGGCUUUGAUAGAUUGGUUCGACAAGACAAUUGCAACACUUUCAGAAACAAAAGCAUAUCAUGGAGAUUUGGAUACAGUUACCUCACUUCUGGACCAGCAUAAGAGUUUUGAAGAAGAGUUGAAAAAUAGAGGCUUAAGUUUGGAAUCAGUAUGCAAAACUGCUUUAGAUUUGAAAAAAGAAGCUAGUUCUGCAGAUGCUGAAAGCCUAGCUUCUCAAGUUGAUGAGCUGAACUCUAAAUGGAAAAAAGUCUCAGAGUUAAGUGAAAAGAGGAAAAAGCAGUUGGAUGAAGCUUAUCAUCUGGCAGAAGAACUUCACAGAAUGGUUCAUAUACUAUUAGAAUGGCUUUCAGAAGCAGAAAUGAAGUUACGUUUUGUUGGACCUCUUCCUGAAGAUGAAGAAUCAACAAAAAAGCAAAUACUUGACCAUGAAAAUUUCUUGAAUGAAAUGGAAAAACAAGAAGUAACUAAGAAUAACACCUUGGAAAUUGCCCAUGAUAUACUAAAGAAAUGUCAUCCAGAUGGGUUGUCAGUUAUUCGUCAUUGGAUCACAAUUAUUCAAUCUCGAUGGGAUGAAAUAUUUGCAUGGGCAAAACAGCGGGAUCAACGGUUACGUGAUCAUUUAUUGUCUUUGAAGGAUAUUAAUGAUCUGCUAGAAGAGCUUCUGAAAUGGCUUAUAAAUGCAGAAUCUACUCUAACAACCCUUGAAGCUGAGCCUCUACCCGAUGACUUGCCUAGUUUAGAUGAGCUAAUUAAAGAACAUCAGACUUUUAUGAAUGACAUGUCUAAACGACAAACUGAUGUUGAGAAAAUAUCAAAAGCAUUUUCUCCUAAACGUCAAAAUAAAGGACUUCUUCCUUCACAUGGAAAAGAAAAGACAAAGGAAAAGAUUCCACGUUCAUCAACUCCUGCUUCUUUCAAGACAUCAACUCCAUUACGUAGUCAUCUUGAUUCUGACAUAAAACAUCCCAGAGCAAAACUGCUUUUAGAUAAAUGGCGUAGUGUAUGGCUUUUAGCUAUGGAGAGGCAACGAAGGUUGCAAGACAAAUACAACUAUUUACUAGAGCUUGACAGGAUAAAACAUUUUGAUUUUAAUGAGUGGCGCAAAAGAUACCUUGGGUGGAUGAAUAAUAAAAAAUCCCGCAUCAUGGAUCAGUUUAGAAAAAUAGACAAAAAUAAUGAUGGAAAAGUAACAAAACAAGAGUUUAUUGAUGGUAUUUUAAAAUCAAAAUUUGCUACCAGUCAGCUAGAAAUGGAGCGUGUAGCUGAUAUUUUUGAUAGGAAUGGAGAUGGAUUCAUUGAUACAAAAGAAUAUAUUGAAACUCUACGUCCAGAGCGAGAGGGUGGACCAAAAACUGAAGCAGAAAAAAUUCAGGAUGAAGUUCAACGUCAAGUUGCAAAAUGUACCUGUGUUCAUCGAUUUAAAGUGUAUCAAGUGGGAGAAGGAAAAUAUAGGUUUGGAGAUUCUCAAAAGCUUAGGCUUGUAAGAAUUUUGAGGAGUACUGUUAUGGUUCGAGUUGGUGGAGGAUGGGUUGCUCUUGAUGAAUUCUUAGUGAAAAAUGAUCCUUGCCGAGCGAAGGGACGAACAAACCUCGAGUUGCGAGAACAGUUUAUAUUGGCUGAUGGAGUAAGCCAGUCAAUGGCUCCAUUCAAACCGAAGCCAAGUCCUAAUUCGUCAGUUUCAUCACAAAGUGGAACUACCACCUCCAUGCCUUCCGCUGGUCCAAUAACUAAGAUUAGAGAAAAAAGUGAGAGAAGUACACCAAUGCGUCAAAGUCGUUCAUCAGCAGAAAACAGUAGUGAUAUCAGUGGACCAAGUUUCAGUGAAACAGAUAGUUAUAGCAACAGAUCUGGACUUUCUCGAAUGACUCCUUCAUCAGCUCAUCUUAGCCCUAGAAACACAAGUUGCAAAUCAUCUAGUAGACCAUCAAGUCGUCAAGGCAGCCGGCCAUCCAGUAGAGCUCCUAGUGAUCUUUCACAAGAUGGAGUUCAGGAAUACAAAAGAAAGCAAAAACAAUCUGCACCUGGAAAUGGGAUUCAUCAAAAGUUGCAAAAUGCAUCCAGCAAAGUUUCAAAACCUGCAUCAGAAACAAAAAUUCCAUCAAUAAAAACGACUGUUAAACAACCUUCAAAUGUAAAAGCUUCAAGAAAGGAAUCCUGGAAGUAGAAAACUAAUUUGAAUCAUUCCAAAGUGAGAGAAUGUAAAUAAAUUUGUAAUUUUGUUAAAAACUAGGGGAGGGGAUAAGAAUUUGAUUUCAUCACUUUCAAAAAAAAAAAUGUAACAAAGUAUUGCUAUUUCUAGGUAUCCUAUGCCAAAAGCUGAAAAUUGUGUACAGUUGGCCAAACAUUUUUCUGAAAUGAGUACAGUUUCUUACAUUUUUGAAAAUUAACUAAUUUAUGUAAUGAAACCCUGUAGCUGAGGCAGCUUCUUGUUUUUAACAACUAUAAAAAGUACUACUAUGCAAUUAAUUAUUAUAUUUGCUAGUCCUUGUUUGCAAAAUUUGUUAACGCCAUGGUGAUGGAUAAGCAAGCUAUAAACAAGCAUUACAUUCCAUUACUUGUUUAUGUUGUAUUUUUGUAAGUUUGAAAAAUUAUAUGUCUGUGAAUUUGAGGGAAAAUGCCCACAGAAUCUCAGACAUGGCCUUAUUAAAAAUAUGAGCCUUAAGGUUAACAAAUGCUUUUUGUUAUGAAGAAUUUUAUAGAAUAUACAUUUUGAAUGUGGUAACUUUUAUUCAGUGAUGUUUCAUUUGCUUUUUAAGGCCAUAUUAAGUUAAAUCUCUAUUUGUUUUCUAUUGUAUAGAAAUAUCUCUUCUGUAUUGCUGAACUCAGAUCUUUUUGAGUUUAAAGUUUAACUGUGCCAAGCCAAGAACGUUUCUGUAGUAUAAAUUACCAGUAUAAUCUAGUUUUUCGUUUCAAACUAGCAUACUUUCAUAUUUGCUUGUCCAGCAUACAUUCCUUCAUAAAGGCUUUUAUACUUGUUUUCUGUAACCUUACCAUGUAAAAAUAUAUAAACAUAAUAAAGAGAUCGCCAAAAUUU